AUGGUUUGAUUCUGGUUUUAUGUGUAAAUCUACACUGAUUCAUUCUAAAGGUCUUUGAUCCAAAGCAGCAGCAGAAGACGAGCAGCUCUGUUUGUCGUUGUUGCUGACGUCUCUCUGUCAAUAUUUGAAUUCAGGGUAACGAUCAGUUUUUCGGCCGAUGCUCCUCCAUUUUACCCACAAACAGACGGCGUCAGUGCACCAGAGACUAAGAAGAACCAAAAGGAACCAGAGGGAACCAAAAAUAACCAAAAGAACCAAGAGGAACCGAGAGGAACCAAAGGGAACCAAAAAUAACCAAAAGAACCAAGAGGAACCGAGAGGAACCGGGGCGAAGCGCAGGACACAGACAUGCUGCCGUCCACGGUUCUGACGCUGGUUCUGUGCGGUCUGCUCCUCUGCUCCGAGCUGGGCCGGGGUGCAGUGUUCCUGGAGCAGCAGCCAGCGGGCCGGUUCCUCAGCGCCGCGUCCAGGAGGCGUCGGGCCAACGCCUUCCUCAUGGAGGAGAUGUUACCGGGGGACCUGGAGCGGGAGUGUUAUGAGGAGGCCUGCUCUCAGGAGGAGGCAGCUGAGAUCUUCCAGAGCCGAGAGAGGACGAUGGAGUUCUGGUUCCGAUACACAAAUCCAAACCCCUGUCAGACCAACCCCUGUCUGAACGGAGGGUUCUGCUCUGUGGACCGAGGGGUCUUCAUCUGCAUCUGCCCUCCUCAGUACCAGGGCCGGACCUGUGAAUCAGUGGUGUCUGUGUGUGGCUACAAAAACGGAGGCUGCAUGCAGUACUGCAGAGACCGAGCAGGCGGCGCCGGGGUCCAGUGUGGCUGCGCCGACGGAUAUGAACUGGAAGCUGACGGACAGAGCUGCUCCCAGACCGCGUCGUUCUCAUGCGGUCUGCAGCAGAUGGAGGUGACGUAUCAUGGUCGCUCGGCGUGGACUCCAGAAUCUGAGUGGGACAACGUUACCAUGGAAACCAACAUCAACAUCACAGCCAGCUGGGAACCCAAACUGAACCUAACAGACACAGAGGAGACGACAAAGGGAGCAGGGAAUGAGACGGCAGCGAGGGGGGAGGAGACUGAGGGCAGCGGGUGGAUGACGCCCCGUAUUGUGGGAGGAAUGCUGGAGAAAGCAGGAGGGAGCCCGUGGCAGGUUCUGAUACGCAGGUCCGACGGUUACGGCUUCUGUGGAGGAACGCUGGUGUCCGACCGCUGGGUGGUCUCUGCUGCCCACUGCCUGGAGGAGCCCGCAGACCACAUUACCAUAGGAGACACUGAUAAGCAGCGUCCGGAUCCAGCUGAGCAGCGGAUCCAGAUCCAGAGGAUCUUCAUGCAUCCACACUUCCACUCCUUCACCUUCGACAGUGACAUCGCUCUUCUCUACCUGAGCCGGCCCGUGGUCCGGGGGCCCACGGCGCUGCCCGCCUGUCUGCCCGACCUGCACCUGUCCCAGUACCUUCUGAAGGAGGAAAACCUGGGGAAGGUGACGGGCUGGGGGGUCACCCGCUACCUGGGCCGGUCGUCCCGGUUCCUCAGGAGGGUCAUGCUCCCGGUUGUGAGCCAGAACGUCUGCAGCGCCUCCACUGAGCAGGUGAUCACAGACAACAUGUUCUGUGCCGGCUACCCACAAGCCACCGUGGACGCCUGCAGCGGGGACAGUGGCGGGCCGUUCGUGGUCAACUACAGGGGGACCUGGUUUCUGACCGGCGUCGUCAGCUGGGGGGAGCAAUGUGCCACCAAAGGCAAGUACGGGAUCUACACCCGGAUAGGGAACUUCCUGCCCUGGAUCAGAGAGACCAUGGACAGACUGGACCUGAACGGAACCAGGACCUGAGGACACCCUACCCCAGAAACGAGAGACACAGUUUUACAGCUAGACAUUUGGAGGAGCGAACCGGGCCCUGGCAGUGGGUCCAACAGUGACUGAGCAUCAGCUGACUCUCAGCUCAGCAGCUUCAAUCAGCAGGUUCAGUGUUUGUGCAGUAUGUUAAUAUGAUUCUGGAUACGAGUCAAAGUAAAUGUGUUUAUUUCAGUGCAUUAAGUCAUCAGAUGAAAAUCACGAGUGUAAAUAUAUAAACGAUGCAGACUUUAUAUCACAGCAUUUAACAUGAAUACAUCCUAAACGUUUCACAGUG